AUGAACCCCUUCGCGUCGAGGCCAGAGGAAAUUCCCGACACCGACCAAUAUGUGGAUGUACCUUUCUACGGCCGGUAUUUCCCCACACUGGAUGAUUUCCGUAUCGAUACUCAAUAUGUGAACUCACAAUCUGCACGCUCCUUGCAGUAUUGGGCAUCGGUGCUUGGCCUCUGCGACCAAUCCGUACGAAUUUAUCCGGCUGAUGAGGGUGGCCGCGACGUGUUUGCGUUUGGCAGCAUCAUUAUCAAGUCGAGCCAUCUACACGAAGGAGUUGAUGGUCGGCAUACCGAGAUCGACUACUCGUACGCCGAUGCCAACGAGAUCCAGGCCAUUGCCCUCGCCAGAAGCGUCCUUGAAGAUAUGAACAUCAAUGGCCGUCAGGUGUUGGUUCAGGAGCGAAUACCUGGCGUUGGGCUGAAUGUUGCACGUCGGUACCUAUCACAAGACCAAAGGAACAACUUCAAGCAACAGACACGAGAGUUGAUUCGGCGGCUGCACACUAUCAAGCCCACCGAUGAACACCCUGCCCGGUGCCACGUCGUCCAGGAUCCCGAUAUAAUUAGCAACGGUCGCAUCGGUCAGCUGGAAGCAGACAUCCUCUUUUCCGAUACCAACAUUGACACGGACAUGAGCUUCAUGCACAAUGACCUGAACGAGUCUAACAUCAUUGUUGACAAUGAUAUGAUCGUGGGGCUUGUUGACUGGGAGAUGGCCGGUUUCUUCGGCUGGAGAACGGCCGGCGAGGUUCACCGUAAAAUCAGAACGCCUCAGCGAGAGCAUUUUGCUGCUGCCAACUUGAGCGAGGAAAGGCUUCAGGACAUUAUGUGGUGGGCCGAUCUUUAUGACCUGCCCGAGCCUCAUGAGGACAAGCCGACACAUUGA